UAUCCUUUACCUAGACCGCGAGAUUUCAAUUCAUCACCGCUUGGGAUCCGGAAUCUCCUUCAGCUUCUCCAACAUGGAAAAUUUACAUCAAGUGCAAGAUUCAAUUCUGGCAGCCUAUGCUUUCGACAUUAUAGAUGAUAUAGAGUUCUUGCUUCUCAGUGAGAUUAACUCAUCUAGCAACCAAGACUUCGAACAUGAUGAUGGUCACUUUGACUUGGACAAUUUCAACGAUGAUGAGUGUACGAGCUAUUACAGAUUCAAGAAAGAUGAAAUAUAUCGGCUCAAACAUGCUUUAGGCAUUCCAGACAGAAUCACCUUGCCAAACAGGUCAAGAAUGGAUGGAUUGAAGGCUCUCUGCAUAGGUCUGCAACGUUAUGCCAAUCCAUGCCGAUAUGGAGAUUUAGUUAAGGUCUACAGACAUCCAGUGCCCCUGCUCUGUUUAGCCUUCAACUGGAUGACUAAAUUCAUCUAUGAUACCCACAAGCACAGACUGACAACAUUGGAUCAGCCUUGGUUGGCCCCUCAGCAGCUGAGAAUUUACGCUGAUGUCAUUCACCAGAAAGGGGCACCACUAAAAAACUGUUGGGGAUUCGUGGAUGUGACCGUUCGGGCGAUUUGCAAACCUGGGGAACAACAACAACAACAACAACAACAACAGGGGGUUGACAUUGACCACAAGCCUGAACAUCUGCUCAAGUACCAGUCUGUCACUACUCCAAAUGGCAUGAUAGCCAACCUUUACGGACCUGUGGAAGGGCGACGACAUGACUCCUACCUUCUACGGGAGUCAGGUCUUCUAACCAUACUCGAAGGCGGGUCCCAUGAUGCAGAGGGUAACGUGUUGUGCAUCUACGGGGACCCUCGUUAUCCCGUCAGACCCCAGCUGCAGGCCCCAUUUCCUACUGCAAACAUCACACCGGACCAGGCAGCAUUCAACGAAGUUAUGUCCAAAGUCAAGAUUACUGCGGAGUGGUCCUUUGGGGGCAUAGUCAACUUCUUCAAGUUGUCCGAUUUUAAGAAGAGCCAGGAGAUCCAUGAAAGUUCUUGUGCAAAGAUGUACAUGGUGUCAGGCAUUCUGACAAAUGCCCAUACAUGUAUUUAUGGGAACAAUACACCCUCCUACUUUCAACUGAAGCCUCCAUCACUGGAUGAGUAUUUUCAAUAACUUUGAUCGAAACUAUUUCUGUUAUGAACUCAUUCAAUCUCUUUCUUUCUUGUUGUUGAUGGGAAUCAAAUUUUUGCUUUAAAUACAGUACUAUUUUCUUUGCUUUUAAUAUUAAGUGAUGCUCAUAAAUAUUUUGCCCUGGUUAGCUACUUCCAUAUGUUCAAGUACUGUAAGUAAUGUAUCUCAUAAAUGUUCAAUACUGUACCAGAAAUGUUGGAAGAAAUCUUUCAUUGUUCUCAAAUUCCUUUUUUUUUAAAAAUAGGAUCCCCACAGUAAUGAUGAUUCAGUUUAUGAUGUAGGUCUGUGUAUUGCUUACAGAACAUUAAAUAAACUGUAAUCUCCUCUUUGUAACCUAUAUUUAAUUGUUCCAUGUCACUGGCUGUGUUUGCGACAACUAAUUUUCUUUGAUGUCCAGUCAGUAUUAUUUGAUAGGAUUUGACAAGCAAGCAUUACUGUUACCAUUGUAUUUUGGCAAGUGAAAAUAUAAAAUUUACAAGUAAGAAAACUUGAUUCUCAAAUGAGAAGACAUUUUUUUCCAGGAAGGGAUAAACCAAUAGACUAAGGCAAGGUAACUUAUUUGAAUUAUUAACCAAAACGAACAGAAUUUUCCAUAAAAAGUAUUUCUUUUAACAAUAAAAAAGACAGUGUGGAGCACUCAAGCUGUGAAUUGGUCAUUGCUGUGUCAAUCAGAUACAGAUCAUACAAGCAAAAACUGCAAACUGAUCAUCUUAUCUGCCACUGGUCAUGAGAAAUAUGCACUGGAUGUUAUUGUCGAG